GCCCCGGAAGCGGAAGUGUGCAAACUGGGAGGUGAGAGGGCAGGGAGGGCAAGUGCCGCUAGCGGGGAGGGUUUUCGCCUCCUCCCUUGCUGGCCAUGGCGCCGAUCUCCCGCACGCUGCUCAUCUUCGGUGGGUUCGCGGCUGUGGUGGGGGCGGCGUUUUACCCCAUCUACUUCCGGCCGCUGCUGCAGGUGGAGCAAUACAGGAAGGACCAGGCAACAAAUCGAUCUGGUGUUGUUCAAGAGGAUGUUCAGCCUCCAGAGUUUGCCGAUACUUUUGAGUGGCCUUCAAAGGAGGGUUACAGGAGGAAUGAACCUGGCAACUGCUACAAGUCAAUUGAUCAGACUAUACAAAUAGAUAAGAAGACUUUGACCCGUUGUGACAUGCAGAUAAUUUCACUGAUGUCAAUGGAACUAUUCAAGUUGCAGGGCAGCAUCAGCUGCUCCAGAGGCCCUACACCAGGUCAGGCGCAGUAAUGCAAGCUGCCACCAGAGGGCGAGCGGAAAGAGAAGAGGCUACAGGAAGACGUGGUUCUCACACCGGCUCCACCAGAGAAGUAUUUUUUAAGUAAAAACAAGAUGGCCAGGGGCUUGCCCAAGCUCCCUCACAGCCUUUUAGGGCUCGCUCCAGCCAUCCUCUGCACACCUCUUGGGGCUGACUGACCCACCCUCUGCUGCUUGCAUCUGGGGCUAAGUCCUCGCCCUGAGCUCUCCACUGCCCAUGCUGGGGUCUUCCCCCCCACUAGCCCUGUACCGUCAACCACUGGGGCUGACCCCCACCCCGAGCUCCAUGCCACCUGCAGCUGGGGAUGGGUCUGACCCCAUUCCCACCCCGAUUUCGGGAACUGAUAUGCACACCCCAAGCCCCGUGCUGCAUGAAGUUGGGGAUGAGCUCCUUCCCAUCUCGUGCCGCCUGCAGCUAAGGCUGAACCCCCACUAAGCUCUGCCCCUCCCCUGGCUGAGGCUGAUACCUUCCCGCCACCUCUGUGCUGCCCAGAGGUCAACUCUGAAGCCAGGACUCCUCUAAAGUACACAUACAAAAUAGUAUACAAAAGGCUAAUCCAGCAGCAGCAGGCGAAAAAAAAAGCCUCCGAUCAGUCUCCUACUGAAUGUUAAUCCUGAGGUAAAAUCUUUCCAUAUCCUUGGCAAGGACUCUUUUGAACAGGACACGAAUAUAUUGAUCAUAUAGAAGAAUGUAUUGAAUUAUUGCAGACAUGGAUUCAGUUCUACUGUGCUUUCAUGACCUGGAGUGAUUAAAUAUCAGAAAAAGAUAAUGGAGCAAAGCAGCAACAGUUCAGGUCUUUUGAAUGGGAAGUUUCUUUAAAAUACUUCCAGAUUGUUCUUUGGAUAAAAGGACUGUUUUUUGUAGCUAUUGUAAGGCUGAGUUCCAAUACCAUAGGAGCACUUCAAGUCUGCAGUACCACCUAUGUUCUAAGCAUGCUUUUGUGUCCAGAUAACCCACCACCAGCAAAUGAAUCCAGCCAGCUGCGACAGAGUACCAUUAUAGACUUUCAGGAUUGCUACAGGCCCCUGGAUCAAAGAAAGGACAACACCUUAACCAAUGCUAUUGCAAAGUGAAUAGCUAUGGACUCAAUGUUGUAAAUGACAGAGGGCUAAGAAAUAUAUUCAAAUUGCAUCUUCCAAGCAAUCAUACACCUUUCCCUCCUAAGGAACCAUUGCAUCAUGAAUAAAUGACCUCUAUGACAAUGAGAAGACUACAAAGUUGGAGCAUCUGAAAAAUGCACUGGCUGUUGCUUUGACUGAUGGUCACUGGACAUCCUUGAACAAUCAUAGCUAUCUUGGUGUCACGGCACACCUUAUUGAUGCUUGCAGUUGUUUGCUGUAACAGUAACUCAUACUGAAGAGAGACAUUAUGCUGAAGCAUGUGCAGAACGUUUCAUGGAUGUUGCAAAAGAAUGGAAUAUUCAAGAAAAGGUGACAACGAUUAGUACUGACAUGGUAGCAGCAGCCAGUUGCUUGCCUUUUGAACACAUGAUGUACAUUGCUCACAGCUGCAGCGAUCCAUUACAGGAGUGCUCAGUGAUGGUGGUUUAGAAAACAUGCUGGCAAAAGGUAGAAAACUUGUGGGCCAUUUCAAACACAGUCCAGCUAACAAUACAGAACUAGAAAUACAACAAACUGCAAAUGGACAGAAACAAAAACCUCUUGUACAAGAUAUUUCAACCAGAUGGAAGUCCACAUUGGCUAUGAUUCAGCACCUUCUUUGCAAUAAAGCUGCUAUCACAUCCACAUUAGCUCUUCAAAAGCACCAUCUAUCAGUGCUGAAAGACAAGGAUUUUGAAAAACUUCAAAAGCUAGAAACACUACUUGAGCCCUGCAGGUUUGUGACUGAACUCCGAGGGCAGGGGAGGGAGGGGGAUUGGUAUGUC